UCAGCGAUAAGCUGCUAGAUUGUGAAAAUUGAUUAGAAUAUGCGUCUGUAAAUAUAGAAAUGUUGCUUUUUCCCCUUUUUUUUGCCAGAAACCCGCCAAAGGAGUGACGAGCCAGAAUGAAUAUGAUCUGAUCUCUCCAUCAUCGAGCCUGUCUGUGAUUACAUGAAGAAAUAAAAAAACUGAGACAGACUAAAUCCAGUAGAACUGCAGCAACAUCUCCAAGAUGUUUGAAACCUUCUUGCAAAGGCACCGCAAGGCAAGGACAUUCAGUUGUGUUAUGAGAGGAAGAUAAACCCGAUGAACUCUUUUCCACGGCCACGCAUCCUGCCAGGAGAUAUUUUAGGAGAGCACAACACGGAUUCAGGAGUUUAGAUGCGACGCAGCGAGCAGUAUGCAGUGCUGUAGGAUGAGAAUGGUUUCUCCCUUCACCUGUGCUUCAAGUGGUUUGCCCCACUAUUCAGCCAGCCUACCCUGAAUGAGUCAUCCUGCUCUUCCCUGAUUGGCCGGUCGGGAUCCAUCCCGAGGGAUUGCCGUGCAGAAAGCUGCCGAGGCCUGACUUCAUUCACAGAAACGUCGGUAUGCCCGUCUGCCUUUCCAUUCACAGCCAGCCCGAAACAUUUUCCCUCCACAGCUCCUCAGCAUCCUCUCUUCCUCUCCUCAGCAUCUCUUCUGCAUCUCCGUGACAACACCGAGCGAGGAGCACUUAUAACGCUUUUUUUUAGUUUUUUGCUUGCUUGUUUGCUUUUGUCUCAGUGGAGAAGACAAACCCCUUGCUCUCUCUCUCUCUCUGUCUUUUCUUCUUUCUUUUUUUUCAAUUCGCAGGCAGGCAGGAAAGCGAGACGCUGGGAGGGACUGCAGUGCGUUAGCCGCAGCGUUACAGAAGCUUGUGAAUGACUGCCGCUUCCCUGUCACUAGCUCUUCUGGACAUUUUACAUGAAUGGCUCCUUUUCUGCUGCCUUAAUGUCAUGGGCUUCAUCCCGUUGGAUGCUUUUUAAUGGGGCUGGGAGAUCUGACAUCACUAUUUACGGUUGUAUCCUUGCUGAAUCCGGAUGGCGUUUUAGUGAGAUCGAAUCUCGACAUUGUGUAUUUGAGAGGGUUGUUUAAUUAUUCAACAAAGCUCAUUCAGAAGCAAAGCUUGGCUUGUUUUGCCUUCUGUAGGGGGGAAUAUUCGAGUGCCCGUGUGGAUAGAUUUAUGUUUCGUAGUAUGUAAGGAAGAACGAACGUGACAAACAAAGAGAUAAAGCCGUAUUGGUCUUGCGAUUUAAAUUUGUGCACAUUUUAAACGUGCCGUUGACUAGAACGCAGUUGUGGGCGAAAGGUGAACGCAUUCAAAUAUAUUUAACCCUGCUGUCAUUUAGGUAAUUUGCUAGGUUUUUUAUUUAUUUUUAUGUCACAGUCAUGUGCAAUCUUUAUGCUUACUUUUCAUUAGAGCACCUUGCUUCUGAAUUAAAGUAAAACCACAAUUGUAUGUAUGACAAAUUAGCGAUCGCCAUGCACACCGACUCAAGUUUCAUUCUAUGUGGCGUACAUGUGAUCCGACAACAUGCGCGGUACUCUAAUGUGAUUUUUGCGUUGAAUUAUGUCCGCAAAUUAUGACUGUUUUUGCAUCAUUUUGACUAGUUUGACUCAAAGAUUCUCAUUCAUUUUGACUGAGCUCGGAUUUCAGUCAUCUCUUUAUAGCAUCUUUUUCAUUCUAUUAAUCUGUUUUCACAUGAACUGAAUCAAAGCAGGAGGCGUUCCUAUAGACAGGGCAAAUUUUGCGAAUUGAUUGGUUCUACCGAGCAGUAAGUGGGAGUUUUUUUGUAACGGAAAGUGCUCUGCAGUGUAGAGUGAGUCUUUUGUUGAGAAGGGUCUCUCUCUCUCUCUCUCUCUCUCUCUCUCAGAGUGAGUCAUGCAUGUUCAGGGAUCUGCCAGGAUGCGGGGAGAGAGAGAGACAUCUCUUCACUAGAGAUCUGUCUCUCUCUCUGCCAUCUCUGGCCCUCUGUAGAGGAGUGACCUCGCGCUGCUUUUCUCUCAUCGUCCUCUGUCUCCAUGGAUUCCGCGUUUUGUGGUUUAUUUUUGGUCCCUGAGUUGCUGCUGCGUGGCGUCGGAUUUUCCUGACGACCACCCGCUCCCUUUCUUCAAACCCCUUCGAGGACGCUUUCUCAGCUCCAGCAUGCAAAAGAUGUGGACGGUCAGCUGGGAGCUGGAUGUGUCCGUUCGUGUGUAGGCUGGCAUACCGAGGGGAAUGCUUCACCGUGCUAAAUACAACCGAUUCCGGAAUGAGUCAGUUACGUCCGUCGAUGAGCUUCUGCACGGUCUCUCCAUGAACGCCAAGGUCUCGGCCGUCCCGCCGUCGCCGCCCGUGGGCGACCCUCCAUACGCCCCUCCAGCCGACCCCGAACCCUCGGAAGAGUCGGGGACCUUGUGCACCCUCAUCAACAAAGUCUCCAACCUCAAAUUCGCCAACUCCUCCGGUCUGCUGGGCAUCAAGGGCCUGCCGUCUGCCGUGAAGGACCUGGCCGUGUCCAAACUCCAGGGAGGAGCGUCAGGAGGCGGAUCCGGCAGCCCGGGCUCGUCUUCGGCGCCUCACGCCCCGCUGGAGCCCGGCUUCGUGAGCUCGGGGAAGAAGUGCAGGAUGGAGGAGUCUCAGCCUGGAGGAGGAGAGGGAUGGAGUCUGGGCGGGACGGGCGGGUUGGUGAACAAGCCGUCUCGUGGAUGGCUGCACUCCAGCGAAAAGAUUUCCGGACCUGGAGUGACGUACGUCGUUAAGUAUUUGGGCUGCAUUGAAGUCCUCCGGUCCAUGAGAUCCCUGGACUUCACCACACGAUCACAAAUCACACGGGAGGCGAUCAGUCUGGUGUGUGAAGCUGUCCCUGGUGCCAAAGGAGCUCUGCGCAAGAGAAAGACUCCCUCGAAACUUCUCUCCAGUAUUCUGGGCAAGAGUAACCUGCAGUUUGCUGGUAUGAGUAUCAAUCUCAACAUCUCCACCAGCAGUUUAAACCUGAUGACACCGGACUCCAAACAGAUAAUAGCCAAUCAUCACAUGCAGUCCAUAUCCUUUGCCUCCGGUGGAGAUCCGGACACGACUGAUUACGUCGCUUAUGUAGCGAAAGAUCCUGUUAACCGGAGAGCAUGUCAUAUUCUGGAGUGCUCUGACGGUCUGGCUCAGGAUGUGAUCAGUACGAUCGGUCAGGCGUUUGACCUGCGCUUUCAGCUCUAUUUGCAGUGUCCGUCCAGCAAACCCUCAUCCAUGCACGACAAGGUUAUGAGUACGGACGAGCCCCCGUGGACAGAGGAAGGGGAGGAGUCCGCCGAUCAUCACUACUACAACAGCAUUCCCGGCAAGAUGCCGCCACCAGGAGGAUUCAUUGAUGCUAGGCUGACCAAUCAGACGCAAGACAGCAGCCAGGGCGCUGGAGUCGACCAGACAUACUACCAGGGCCGACCCAUGUUCUUCCAGCAAGGGUCCUGUGACAUAUACAGUCUCCCUGAGGUCAAAGGUCAAGCCCCUAAAGCAGGAGAAGUCCCCACAUAUGUGAACACGCAGCACAUUGACACACAGGUGUUGGCCGCCCUGCAGGGAGAGUCAGAGGCGGCGUCUGAUUCAGGCACGACCGGGACAGCUAAAGACAGCCCGAGGAAGGACCUCUUUGACAUGAAGCCGUUUGAGGACGCCAUCAUGACUCAGUCUCCAGCUCCUCCAGCCUCAGAACUGCAUAAAGCGGCGUCCGUGGAUAACUCCAGUCCGCUGCUGAUGCGAGCGGCCGCCCUGAGAGCUCAAGAGGAGCUGGAGGACCACGCGUGGUAUCACGGAGAGAUGAGCCGGCGCCAGGCUGAGAAACUGCUGCUCCACGACGGAGACUUCCUGGUGCGCAAGAGCGCCACAAACCCGGGGUCAUACGUGCUGACGGGGAUGCACAACGGCCUGGCCAAACACCUGCUGCUGGUCGAUCCAGAGGGAACGGUUCGGACGAAAGAUCACAUAUUUGAGAGCAUAAGCCACCUGAUUGGCCAUCACCGUGACAACAACCUGCCAAUCGUCUCGGCAGGAAGCGAACUGUGUUUGAAGCAGCCGGUCGAAAGAAAACAGUGACGACACCUGAAAACACGUGGGAGUUUUACGAAAACAAACUUUCCGUCGGCGAACAUGUGACGGCUGUCAAACUGCUUGACUGUGACGACGGAGGACAGCGUUUUUAGAGGACGAAAGCGGAGUCGAAACCCGAUUUAUAGAACUGAUACAGUUAUUUUAUUGCGCUGGUCGAGAAUCUAUAUUUUUGAAGAAGACGCUGAUGGAUUUCGUUGCAAAGUCGGGAGGUUUGGAACUCGACCUCCAAGAGGGGAUGAGAGGAAAACCCAGAUAAAGAAAAAGUAUUUUAGAAUAAAAAAGUUUUAGUUUUGUCUAUCAAGCACAACCGGAUUUUAACGUUCGUCGGUAAGAGAUGGAAGGAAAACAAAUAUUUGAGAAAACAAAAAGCUGUUUAUAUUGACCUAUUUUAGGAGUGUGUCCUUUACUGCAGCUAGUGUGCCAGAUCAUUUGGUAGCUUCUAUCGAAUCACUGUUGAUUAUGCUUUUCAGAGGGAAGAUGACGUGAAUGUGUUUGCUUUAACAGAAACCACACUCCGACAUGCUGCACGUACACACACCACGACCAAAACACACACACACACACGGCUUUAAAGUACCUACAUUUUUGUAUGACGUUGAAACCUGUGGCACUCGCAUGACUUAACUUAACUGUACUUGUGCUGAUUGUUGGUAGCAUCCAGAGCCCCAGCGGAGGAGCUUUUGUGUAUGCUCACAAUGUUAAAUAUUUAUGCUUCCCAGUAUUCAUUGAGCUUAGCUCCUUCUUUAAACGUGUCAGAGGUGUGUAGUCGCUCGGUUCGGGGCUUACUUUAUACCUUGGAUGUUUCUAUCAGUUAGGACUUUCAUGGUUUGACUGUGGGCUUCACAAACAGACAAAUUGGUAUCAUAAUUCUUCUUCUUAUGAUUAUUUUCAAUGAAACGGUUCUAAGUGAAUAGCACAAUCAACUAUUUCCAGUCACAGUCUAAUCACUGGGUGAACUGGAAUAUCAUUGGAUUUUUCACUGUUUUAGCCACACGUAAAAGUCAUGUUUAUCACAACCGUAAACAUUUAGUUUUGUCUUUAAAUCCACAUUUCGGACGAAUGAAAUUUGCAUCUGAUAUAAUUAGAAAAAUGUCAAGAAAUUGGCCUCAAAAUCAAAAUUAAGAAAAUUAAGCUUUUUUCUGUUGAAUUUAAUUGGUUAUUUAUGAAACUAGACCUAUCUUUGUGAGAUUCACCCUUAAAUUCACUUAAAUUGUGAUUUGCAUUGCUAUUAAAUAGGUUUUGUAGCCUAGAAUCAAUGAUGUGAAGACCUGUGUGCAGUUUCAUAUAUGCUCAACUAUGGAUCUUUUUUCUUUCUCAAAAUAGGCCAUUUUGAUGAUUGUUGUUAUUGUUUGCAUCACUUUAAAUAUUGUCACUCUCACACAAACACAACACAUAUAUUUAUGUAUUGACAUUUGUCACAUUAAACUCUGGAAAUAUUUAUUUGCAGGCACAGGAUGAAUAAUCUCAUAUAUUUAGUUCGAAGUCAUUUCAUUUUACAUUUAUUUUAAAUUAUUUAUAUGUAAUUGAAUUAUUUUUAAAUAUUAAAAUGAGAAAAUAAUCUCAUAUAUUUAGUUUUAAAUCCUUUUUAUUUUACAUUUAUUUUAAAUUAUUUACAUUUAAUUUUUUAUAUUAAAAUGAGAAAAUAAUCUCAUAUCUGUGUGUGAUAUAAUUUUGAAUUAUUUUGCAUUUAUUUUAAUAUUAAAAUAAGAAAAAAAUCUCGAACUUCAGCACAAAAUAAAACCAUUAGUUUUACAUGUGCAUAUUUUUAUUGAUAAAUAUAUCACCCUCUAUUUUGCGAGUCAAAGUCGCAUUAUUCUGGUCAAAACUAAAGUGUGAAUCAACAGGUCUGGAAAAGAAAGACUAGUUCAGCUUAAACUGCUUCAUGACACAAACUCUAAAUCUUGAAAUGCUGUUUUUAAAGGGCGCUGGACACUGCUGGUGGAUUCGAUACCAGUGAGAAAUCUGCAUCUUAACCUCUAAAGUGAUUCUGAACACAACAUGCAUUUGUAGUCUGCGAAAUGACCUAAGGAUUUUCCAGCGGUGACGACUUUCCCCAUUUAAACUGCCAAAUCCCAGCAGAGUCUGUUUCACAUGUUUAUCUAAAUGACUAAUGUUAGGGAAAGAUGUUCUGUUACAUUAUACACAUUAAACUGACUCCAACUAAA